GAAGUAAUUACAGUCACGACUGACAAAUCGAUGAUUAAUGCUGACAGCAGGACCCUAGUCUAUAAAACCCUGAUUUCCAUCUGCUGCGUUGUCACAUUUAUAGCAGGCACAACAAGAGUGGUCCUUUAACUUGCAAUUUGUUUAGUGGAUAUUAUAGAGAUCCAUUUCAUGCAGAGUCGAGUGUGCAUCUGAAGGGCCCUUUGAGGAUGUCAUCAACAAUGUGGACCGUGGUUCUCACUCUUUGUUUGGGAAAUAUUCUCAUCAGAGCGGAGGCCAGUGAUCAGCAUUCCGAACCGUUCCCAGUAAAUGAACUCUCUGAAACAGCCUCCCCUGGUAUUUUAACGCGGGGAAACCAGAAAUCCAACAGCUCAAUCCAUCCACCGCAAUUAGCAGGACCAAAAGCAUCGCACCCGCCUAUGUGCUCGGAGUCGGCCGGAAUCAGAGACACCUUCAAAUAUAUCAACACCCUGGUCUCUCUGCUCGUGUUUAUCGUCGGAAUAGUGGGGAAUGCGGCCUUGCUGAAAAUCAUAUAUGUCAACAAAAGCAUGAGAAGUGGACCUAAUAUCCUCAUUGCAAGUCUUGCUCUUGGCGAUUUAAUCCACAUUAUCAUAGACAUUCCAAUCAAUGCUUAUAGGCUCAUGGCAGAAGAUUGGCCGUUUGGUUUAAUGCUGUGCAAACUUGUGCCCUUCAUACAGAAAACCUCUGUUGGAAUAACUGUGUUGAGCCUGUGUGCUUUGAGUGUCGACAGAUACCGAGCUGUAGUAUCCUGGAAUCGAAUCAAAGUCAUCGGGGUUUCAGGUUGGACGGCAGUGGAAAUAACUUUGAUAUGGGUUGUUUCGAUCCUGCUGGCCGUGCCUGAACUUGUCGGCUUUGACAUGAUAAUGAUGAACUAUAAAGACAAGCAGCUGAGAAUAUGUCUGCUUCAUCCAAUGCAAACCUCACACUUCAUGCAGACUUACAAGUCAGUGAAGGACUGGUGGCUCUUUGGAUUUUACUUUUGCAUGCCACUGUCUUGGACUGCCGUCUUCUACACACUCAUGACCUGGAAAAUGCUGAGAAACACUAAGAAUAUAUUGAGUGACCACACCAAGCAGAGACUAGAAGUUGCGAAGACUGUUUUCUGCUUGGUGAUUGUGUUUGCACUCUGUUGGUUGCCUUUAUACCUCAGCAGAAUCUUGAAAUCAACCAUAUAUGAUGAAAAAGAUCCAAAUAGGUGUAAACUAUUGAGUGCCUUCCUCGUCCUGGACUACUUUGGCAUUAAUACGGCAUCACUCAACUCGUGCAUCAACCCUAUUGCUUUGUACAUAGUCAGCAAACGCUUCCAGAGAUGUUUUAAGGUCUGUCUGUGCAGUCUGUGUUUACCUCCUCAAGAUUUUACCCAUGAAGAUGUGCAAUCUGUCUCCAAGUCCAGAAUGCAGGAUCAAGGCUCAGAGCAAAACGGCAACAUCAAAGCUCACAAAGACACUUCCAUGCCUCUCCCUGAGCAGGAAAACAUCUUACUGUGCUAACAAAAGUCACGUGGAACUGUGAGUCCUGGGAUAAUUUUAUUAUGAACUAUACAGUGGAUUGUGUAACCACACCAAAGCUGUUCUGUGGGUGGUUUUGCAACAUUAAUGGCGCCAUCCUUAUAAUAUAUAAAUACCUUGUGAAUAAUAAUGAAUAUGCAUUGCUCUUGUCUCUUGUACUGAUGUCUUGAGCUGAACAUCUGCUUUGGCAUGAGCAACCUGAAGUCAGACUGUUCAGACUAUUUUCCCGUGGGGCUUGAGUCACUCUCAACCAUUACAUCAGAUUUUACCUCAUACCUAUCCUGUAUCGUGCAUUACAGUUCUCAAACCGUUGUUUCGGGCACCGUGUUAACCUGGCACCCAUCAACAGAUAUCUUGUCACAGCUGUCUGCAUAUUACUUCCAAUUCCUGGAUUCUGGAAAGACACGGUGCCACAGGAAAUGAAACGAAUGGGAAUUCACAAUUACCGUGUUGGUUUUUUAUGGGAUAUAGGGUGUAUUGCUAUUGUUUUCAUCUCUUUCAUGUUUCCCGUGCGCUGCCGCUCGGGAGUUAAUUGUGUUUCUUUCAUUCUUAAACCUUGAGGAACAUGUCAAAUUGGUAUCACAAGUAGAUUCUGUCACUGCCGCUGAAUGACUGAUUGAUGGUGGCCUAUUUUUAAUGCAUUGUUAAAUGUGUAAUGCAUGGAGACACUUUAUAAAAGACCUGAGAGAAGGGAAGAAGGAAAGCCAAGAUGACAGAAUGAGGUCAUGAGGAGACGGGUGGGAGGAGGAGGAGGAGGAGGAGGAGGAGGAGAAGAGAGAUGAGCACCUGAUAGGUCUUCUUGUCACAGGACAAGGCAAGCACAAAUAGAGGGCUGUUCUUCCACCUAAUGCUGCAUCAGUUGACAAAACUGUCUUGAUGUUGUGCGCUGGAAUGCCUAUUAAAAGUUUCUCUUGUCUAAGCAAGGAACACAACUCUCAACUGUUUGCACAGAUUCAGUAAUUAAUUUGAAUAGAAGCAGCUGAAUACCUGAGGGGUUUAUGAUGCUCAGAAGUUUAAUAGAGAUAUGACAGUGCUUUUGAUUGAAACCAAUUAAAAUAUGUUCUUUUAUUCCUCACAUUAAACUUUCUUCUUUUGAUUUUUUUUUCAGAAUGAACCAUGUAAACACAGUGACGUUGUCUAUUUACACUUGUUUUUCAAUGAAUUGACAUACAAAAUGCAGUCAAACCUUUUAAUUUGAAAGAAACCCAUGCAUAGAAAACCCACGUUUUUGUUUUACAUUAUGACUUUCUCAUACAGCUGGCAUUGUGUAAUAUGUGUAUUGCUCUAAUAGCUUUUGGCACAUCAAAUAGGGAUAAUACUGGUUCCACAUCACAUCACAUCUUAUCAGAACAGCAGGCUGUCAUCUUUUUUUUUUUAAUUAUUAUUAUUUUUUUAUACCUUACUCUUCAAUAUAUGAUCAAGAAAUGAAAUGACUACAGUUGGGUAUUGGUUUGUUAGUAUGACAGAUUAAGGGGCAUGAAUCCGUAUAAUCACUUCGAAGCAUGCGUUUUACAAACAUCAUAAUAUCAGGAUUGUUAAAUGGUAUUACAAUUAAAUGUUCUAUACUGUAAAAUGAGCCAGACUAAAAAUGUGUUUAUAUGUGAAUAGAAAA